AUGCCGUCGUGGUUCUGGCAGGCACUGCUGGCCUUGCUCCUCCCUACACUCCUGGCACAGAGCGAAGCCAGGCACAGGGCAGGUGCCCGGGCCCAGAAUAGCAGCAGGCCGGCUCUACUGAGGCUGUCGGAUCACCUGCUGGCUGACUAUAAGAAGAGCGUGCGGCCCGUGCGGGAUUGGAGGAAGCCCACCACUGUAGCCAUCGAUGUCAUUAUCUACGCCAUCCUCAGCGUGGAUGAGAAGAACCAGGUGCUGACCACCUACAUCUGGUACCGACAGUUCUGGACAGAUGAGUUUCUCCAGUGGAACCCAGAGGACUUUGACAACAUCACCAAAUUGUCCAUCCCCACGGACAGUGUCUGGGUCCCAGACAUUCUCAUCAAUGAGUUUGUGGACGUGGGGAAAUCUCCCUAUAUCCCGUACGUGUAUGUUCGGCAUCAGGGUGAGGUCCAGAACUACAAGCCCUUGCAGGUGGUGACCGCCUGCAGCCUCGACAUCUACAACUUCCCCUUCGAUGUACAGAACUGCUCCCUGACCUUCACCAGCUGGCUGCACACCAUCCAGGACAUCAACAUCAGCUUGUGGCGCUUGCCAGAGGAAGUGAAGUAUGACAAAAGCGUCUUCAUGAACCAGGGCGAGUGGGAGCUGCUGGCAGUGCUGACCCAGUUCCGGAGAUUCAGCAUGGAGAGCAGUGACUGCUAUGCCGAAAUGAAGUUUUAUGUGGUCAUCCGCAGGCGGCCCCUGUUUUAUGCAGUCAGCUUGUUGCUGCCUAGUAUCUUCCUCAUGGUCAUGGACAUUGUGGGCUUCUACCUGCCCCCGGACAGUGGUGAGAGGGUCUCCUUCAAGAUCACGCUGCUCCUGGGCUACUCGGUCUUCCUGAUCAUUGUGUCUGACACGUUGCCAGCCACAGCCAUCGGUACUCCCCUCAUUGGUGUCUACUUUGUGGUGUGUAUGGCUCUGCUGGUGGUAAGUUUGGCCGAGACCAUCCUCAUUGUGCGGCUGGUGCACAAGCAAGACCUGCAGCAGCCCGUGCCAACCUGGCUGCGACACCUGGUUCUGGAAAGAAUUGCCCGGCUGCUCUGCCUCCAGGAGCAGGUGACAUCUCAAAGACUCCAAGCUACCUCCCAGGCCGCCAAGACAGAUGACUGCUCAGCAAUGGGAAACCACUGCAGCCACAUGGAUGGACCCCAGAACUCAGAGAAGAUGGUCCGGGGGAGUGGCAGCCCUCCCCCGCCCCCACGGGAGGCCUCUCUGGCUGUGCGUGGACUGCUACAGGAGCUGGCCUCCAUCCGUCACUUCCUGGAGAAGCGGGAUGAGAUCCGAGAGGUGGCUCGGGACUGGUUGCGUGUGGGCUCCGUGCUGGACAAGCUGCUCUUCCGCAUUUACCUGCUGGCAGUGCUGGCCUACACCAUCACCCUGGUCUCACUCUGGUCCGUCUGGCAGUAUUCCUGAGGAAGUGGGCUCAGCAGAGAGCCAAAUGGGCAUGGGGAGAUAGGGCUGCAGGAUUUUGGCCUAAGUCCUUCAGGACCCCUGUGAUGUCAGGGACAUCCCAGAUUCUGUUCUGCCCCUAUUUCCAAUGCCAGUUGC